AUGGCAAAUACCUUGGCCGCCAUGGUCGGCGGCAUGUCGCCUUCAGGCAUCUCGCUCCAGGACAUCCUGGAGAAGGCGGUUCCCGGGCUCGGGUUCCUGCCGUCGUUCCUGCGCACGUGGCUCCAGGUCGACAUCAGCAAGGCAAUAGGGUUGAUCUCGCUGAUGGGCCUCACAUCGACCGGGUUCGAGUUCCUCAACCGGGUGGCCGUCAAGCUGUCGUGGUGGGUGACGCGCUUCUGCACGGCCUCGGUGUCCAUCACGGCCAGCGACCGGCUGAACCGCGAGGUGCUCAACUGGCUCGGCGCCAUGGUGCUGACCCGGCAGCGGACGCGCAUCCUGGCCGCGCGCUCCGAGACGGUCGACAACGACUCUUGGGGCUGGCGCCAGGUCACGGAGCGCGACGACUUCCGCCACGAGCAGCGCAAGCCCGUCGAGUACCUGCCCACCUUUGGCGCCACCUGGUUCGUCUACCAGAUGAGGGUCUUCGUCGUGCGCCGCAUCCCGCGCACCUCGAGCGCCCUGCCGCGCCUGCUGGGCGCCGAGACGCCCGACGAGUACGCCGACGCCCCGAGCGGCAACGAGUCCCUGGUCGUCAUGUGCCUCGGCCGCUCCGUCGAGCCCAUCAAGAAGUUCCUCGAGGAGUGCCGCGACUUCUCCGACUUUCAGCGCGAGGAGUGCAUCACCAUCCGCGCCUGCAAGGGCCAGUACCACCAGUACACCUGGGACACCACCAUCCUCCGGCCCGUCCGGCCGCUCGAGACUGUCCACUUUGACGAGAGGAUCAAGGCCGAGCUGGUGCGCGACGUGGCCAACUACCUGCAGCCCGAGACCCGAAGGUUCUACCACCAGCGCGGCAUCCCGUACCGCAGGGGCUACCUCCUGCACGGUCCCCCGGGCACCGGCAAGACCUCGCUCUCCCUCGCGCUCGCGGGCAUCUUCCGGCUAGAGCUGUACCUGCUGCACAUCCCCAGCAUGAGCAACGACAAGGAGCUCGAGACCCUGUUCACCUCGCUCCCGCCGCGCUGCAUCGUCCUGCUCGAGGACAUUGACGCCGUGGGCAUCAAGCGGAAGCAGCUCGGCCUCAAGGACGACGACGACGACGAUCACAAAACCGGCCUCGACGACAGCGACGACGAGGACGACGAGUUGCUCGUCUUGCGCAACCCCCGCACGACCCUCUCCGGCCUCCUCAACGUCCUCGACGGCGUUGCUUCCCAGGAGGGCCGCAUCGUGCUCAUGACGAGCAACAUGGCCGACAAGCUCGACCCGGCCUUGGUUCGCCCGGGACGUAUCGACCGCAAGAUUUUCCUAGGGAACAUCAGCCAGGAGUCGGCGCGUUUGAUGUUCUUGCGAAUGUACCGUCCUGCCGAGAGCGCCAAUGUGUCUGGAUCCGAGGUCGAGAAGGGGGCCAUGGGGGCGGGAGAGAGCGCCAAAGGCAGGGAGGGAAAGUUCAAGACACACGAGAACAGCAGCGAGCCCGAACCCACACCCCGGCCACAGCCGGAACCGCGGUCCGCUCUGCUAUCCAACAUAUUGAAAGAGAUCCCGGCGGGCGCUUCCGUGGAAGUGUCGCCCGAAGCCCUCGCGCAACUGUCGGUGGACUUCUCCAAGAAGAUCCCCGAAGCCACGCUCACCCCGGCCGUGCUGCAGGGCUACCUGCUUUCGCACAGGACCGACCCCGCGGCGGCGGUCGAGAACGCCCAAGACUGGGUGGCCGAGGAGCUGGCGUACAUGGACACGCAAAAGGUGAUCGCCAAGCAGCUGCGCGAGCGUCGGGCGAGGAGGAAACUGAAGAAGCUCAAGGCUCUCAAGGACCUCAAUGCGGCCAUCUCCUCGACGCCGGAGGCAGACGUUAGCUCCUCGGCGUCGUCGCCGGUUGUGGACGACAAGGAGAAGAAACAAGACAAUUCGGAUGAAUCCAACACGAAAGAGGAAAAGGGAUCAGGAACGACAGCCGCCGUGGCGACUACCAAUGGGGAGGGCAGCACGAAAAUAGAGAAGGAGCCGGCUGAAGAUACAACCGAGGCCGUGAUGAGUGCGGAGAAGGAGAAGUAUGACUCCCCAUCAACUGCCGGGGUUAAUGGUGAGGCACCAUCCAUGAAUGGGAGCUCCAAAGCGUAA